AUGGGAGGAUACCUCAAGGCAAAGCCAAUGGAUAAUGGAGGGCAAGGCCAAGGGCAUGGUCUCGACUCUCCCUGGUUCAAUCUAGCAGCUGCCUUAAAGCCCCUCGCUUCUUGGACAUUUUGGCGCAGGUUGGAGCCCCUUCAUUCAAUCGAAAAGCCGGUCUUCUUCCGUAAUGAAAUUCCAAAGACAAUAAUUGCCAAGUUUGAAACCAGACUAACGCGCUCCAUUCCUUCUCAACAACCACUAAAUCUUUGUUUGAACAAGCAGUUGAAGAGGUUGAAUAUGGGUUUUAACUUUCUUCAAGGCAGCAUACCUCCAGAUGUAGGACUCUGUUCUAGACUUAUACUCAAAGAAAACAACCUUUCUGGAAUUGUUCCGUUUUUCGUGGAAAACAAAAACCUUUUAUACAUGAAUCUUGGUGGUAAUAGCUUGUCGGGCAUGAUUCCUUCCAGCUUGGGGAACUUAUCUGGCAUUACAGAGAUUGAUUUUUCAAUGAACAAGUUGACGGGUGUUGUGUCAUCUGAAUUAUUUGGAAACAUGGUUAAUCUUGGAAGAUUGAAUAUUUCUUACAAUCGGUUGGAAGGUUUGUUGCCAUCUGAUCAACUGUCAAACUGUACUGAAUUGUUUGACCUUGAUUUGAGUUACAAUCUUUUCAAUGGUUCUAUACCCUCUUUUGCUUUUAGAAGCUUGAAGAAGUUGUCUACACUGAAUCUCAAUGGUAACAAACUAGUUGGAGGUCUUCCUGCUUUUUUGUUAUUUGAAAUUGAUUCCCUUUUGAAUCUGCAGUUGGGCGGGAAUAUGUUGGGUGGGAGCUUUCCUUCGUUCGAAAUGGAAGCAACACAACAUCAUUUGAAAAGACUAAAUGUUAGCUGGAAUGGUAUGACAGGUGAGAUUAAGGAACUAGGAAGAUUGAGUGAAUUGGAGGAGUUGGACAUAUCUCACAACAAUUUGACAGGGACUUUGUCUUACAUUGGUGGAACCGGGCCCAAGUUUGUUAAACUGAAUGUUUCUUACAACCAUUUCAGUGGCCAGAUACCUGAAACAUUGUUGAAGGUUGCCAAUUCAUUCCCUUAUUCUUUUGUUGGGAAUUCAGGUCUUUGUUUGAUAUGUCUUCUUCCUACAAUCAACAACUCAAGUUGCCAUGAAAAUCCCAUAUUAAAGUCUUGCAGCCGGAAAACACCUUCUUCUUCUACUACUAAAAUUGUUUUGAUAGCUAUUGGAUCGUCAGUUGUUCUCAUCAUCAUCCUUGUAGGAUGUUUCAUGUGUUUCUUUCAGAGGAAGAGGAAGAACCGAGAUGAUAGUAACUUGGUAGAUGAAGAAGAGGGUGCAUCCUCUGAACUGAAUAGAAUAAUGUUAGCUACUGAGAAUCUGGAUGAUAAAUACUUGAUUGGAAAAGGCGCCCAUGGAAAGGUAUAUAAAGUUUCACUCCCAAGUCCAGAUCAUGUUAAACAAGAGGGUGUGGUGCAUUAUGCUGCAAAGAAGCUGGUUUUUUCAGGAUCAAUAAGAAAAAGUAUGGUGAGGGAGAUCGAGACAGUUGGGAGGGUGAGGCAUAAAAACCUCGUGAAGUUGGAAAAUUUCUGGUUGAGAAAGGAAUACGGUUUGAUCUUAUACCAAUAUAUGGAAAACGGAAGCCUUCAUGAUGUGCUCCAUGAGAUAAGUCCACCUCGGAACUUGGAGUGGAAUGUAAUUGCAAUUGGAGUAGCUAAUGGAUUGUCGUAUCUUCACCACGAUUGUGAUCCUCCGAUAGUGCAUAAGGAUAUCAAACCAAUGAAUAUAUUGUUGGAUUUGGACAUGGAGCCUCAUAUAUCUGAUUUUGGCAUUGCCAAGCUUCUUCUUCUUGAUCAUGAUCAAUCCACAGCCCCAAUUCAAUCCAAUGCAGUUCUAGGCACAAUUGGCUAUAUAGCACCAGAAAAUGCAUUUAGCAUCAACAACUUUAGCACAAAAUCAGAUGUGUAUAGUUUUGGAGUGGUCUUAUUGGAGUUGAUAACAAGAAAGAAGGUAUUAGAUCCUUAUUUCUCCGAGAAGUCAGGAUCUACAUCAGGGGACAUAGUAGGUUGGGUGAGAUCUGUAUGGAGCAGCACUACUCAAGAAGAAGUAGAACAAGUAGCAAUGAGGAUAGUGGAUUCAAGUAUGAUGAUGCUGAUCAAUCAUGAAUUGUUGGAUAAAAUAAUUGAAGUACUUGUGUUAGCUUUGAGAUGUACAGAGAAGGAACCAAAACAAAGACCCACAAUGAGAGAAGUAGUGAAGAUGCUCCAGCAUGCCAAAUACUGACCAGACAGACAACAAACAUCCAAAUUCGUAAGCGAAAUUUGCACUUGUCCUCUUCUUAGUGGAAUGGACUGAUCUGAAUAGGAUUCAAAAUGGUUGGGGAAGGCACCAUAUUGAAUCACAAAAGCAACAACAUUAAGUAACAACAUCAGGU